UUUUAUAUUUAUUACAAUUCUCUUUGGAUUGAUUGAUGCAUUGAAUAGCGUUGGUUUUAUUUGUAUUUUUCUCUAUUGAUUAAGAAUUUCUGAGCUAUUGUUUGUGAUAUUGAGGUUGUUUAGAUUCUCGUUAUUCUGAUGGUUCUAUCUUUCUACAUCCAAAAAUGAGUUUUACAAGUGACGAAGUAAAUUUUCUGGUUUACCGCUACUUGCAAGAAUCAGGCUUUCAUCAUUCUGCAUAUGCAUUUGGUAUUGAGUCUCACAUCUCACAAAGCAACAUCAAUGGGGCAUUAGUACCCCCAGCUGCGUUACUGAACAUUAUACAGAAGGGUCUCCAGUAUACAGAAGCUGAAAUAACUUUUGGAGAUAAUGGGACAGGAACACGACUGACUGAGAGUUUAAGCUUAAUAGAUGCGGUGACUCCAGAUAUAGUUGCGGCUCGACAGAAUGCUCAUAAUGCACAGAAGCAAGCCACCAAGACAGAAGCAGGAUCUGGAAGUGAACAAAAUGGGGUUGAUGUGUGUGAUGGCACUACAUGCAGUGCAACUGCUCCCGCAACAGGAGAAGCUACGACACCAAGCGCACCAGACACAAUGGAUGUGGACCAAUCUAUUGAAAUACCUGCGAGCAAAGCCACCGUCCUCAGAGGACACGAGUCUGAAGUAUUUAUAUGUGCUUGGAACCCUAGCACAGAUCUAUUGGCCAGUGGUUCAGGAGACAGCACAGCCAGAAUAUGGGACAUGUCAGACAACCCAGCAACCACGCCCAAUCAGUUAGUGUUGAGACACUGUAUCCAGAAAGGUGGAGCAGAAGUACCCAGCAACAAGGAUGUUACAUCUUUGGAUUGGAAUUGUGACGGCAAUCUUCUAGCAACAGGAUCGUACGAUGGUUACGCUCGCAUUUGGACUACUGACGGCACUCUAGCCUCAACAUUAGGUCAACAUAAAGGGCCAAUAUUUGCAUUAAAAUGGAAUAAAAGAGGAAAUUAUAUUUUGAGUGCAGGGGUGGAUAAAACAACAAUCAUAUGGGAUGCAUCAACGGGACAGUGCACGCAACAGUUCUCAUUCCACUUGGCACCAGCUCUGGACGUUGACUGGCAAACUAACACAUCUUUUGCAUCAUGCUCUACAGAUCAAUGUAUUCAUGUUUGCAAAUUAAAUGCUGACAAACCUAUCAAAAGUUUUCAGGGACACACUAAUGAAGUUAAUGCAAUCAAGUGGGACCCCCAAGGGCAGUUACUUGCAUCUUGUUCAGAUGAUAUGACACUCAAGAUAUGGUCAAUGAAGCAGGACACUUGUGUUCAUGACUUGCAAGCCCAUUCAAAAGAAAUUUAUACUAUCAAAUGGUCUCCCACGGGCCCAGGAACACAGAAUCCCAAUAUGAAUUUAAUUUUGGCAAGUGCUUCUUUUGACUCAACUGUUCGCUUAUGGGAUGUAGAAAGGGGUGUUUGUAUUCAUACAUUGACCAAACAUACAGAACCUGUAUACAGUGUAGCCUUUUCUCCUGAUGGAAAGUUUCUGGCUAGUGGUUCAUUUGAUAAAUGUGUUCACAUUUGGUCAACGCAAACUGGUUCCUUAGUCCACUCCUACAAAGGAACGGGCGGUAUAUUUGAGGUCUGUUGGAAUUCGCGGGGAACCAAAGUUGGAGCGAGCGCCAGUGACGGCAGUGUGUUUGUUUUAGAUUUACGUAAACUAUAACAUCCAAUUUAUUCACUGUGUCAGUGAAUAAAAACAGUUAUGUGAACCAUAUAGCCUUGCUAGAAUUGCAUGUGGCAUGAAUAUGGUUAUCUUGUAAAUUUCUGUGUGAUGUCAUUCUUUGACUAUAUUAGAAUACAGAUAAUUAUUACACAUGUACAGUAGUUUGGGAAUAAUUACAUCCAAUGGACAUAUUUAAUUCUUCAUCUUAGGAUAGCUAUAGAGCGUAAGUACAGAUUUUAAAUUAAAUCCUUUGCUUGUGAAUGAAAUAGACAUUAUGACAAAAUCUUCUUACCAUACCUUACCUUUAUAAAUUUGGAACACUGUAAAUUCCACCAAUGGCAAGUGCGAUUAUCGAAAGAACUUAUUAAUUAAAAUAAGAAAUUAAAGACCCAUAUCUAGCAGAAAGACGCAAUCGUAUUUAAGUACAUCACUACAAUGUUAAAGUCUUUAUACAAAUACUUUUUAAUUACCAAAAAAAUUAAAUGAUAU